AUACUAAUAAUGACCCAACUGUAGGCUUGCAGAUUUUUAGGGGUCCUGCAUUUCCUCCGGGAAUUGGGGGAGGUGGUUCGGGAGUCACGUGACUCCAACCCAUCCGUGCCGACCCUUUGUUGUUGGGAUUUUGGGCAAGGAGAUUCGCGAUAGUGCCCAGAAACGAAAGGAUUUCAAAGAGAACGGAGAACGAGCGCUUUCUAAAGGACGGGAAACAGUCGAUACGCGUCGCCUUUUUCUCACAACUAGCAAAACAGACGCGCGAGAGAUGCACACAAAGACAGGACGAGAGGCAUCCGCGAGCUGUUAUUGAGACGCGCACGAGCUCAUGCAACACACACACAACAUCGAAUCAGAGCAAAUGUGCUUGUGAUCGAAAUGCAACCGGAGUGAUGCUCACAAGGCUCAGUCGGCCUUUCUGGGACACAAACACGUUUUAAAAGGGAAACAUUGGAAUAUUUUCCGCAGCAUCCACAGAUUGCUCCUCUUUUGUUUCCCAGCACCUUUAUUUAACAGGUCAAAGAGGAGAUACAGAUACAUCAUGUCGGUGGGCACCAGGCUUGUAAGGAGGACCGGACCAGAACUGUCUGUGUUCUGCCUGCUGACCAUCAUCAUCAGCCCAGCGCUGGGAUCCGUCCAGUCAUCCUACCCGCAGAACACUGACUGUGUGUCCGGCAAAGGAAAAGGCUGUUUAGAUUUGUCAGAGAAGAAGAGCGACCUGCGUGUGUGCGACGCCACCACGUGCCGUUACAACGGGAUCUGCCAAAACAAUGGUGCUGACAUCAAAUGCGUAUGUCAGUUUCAGUGCUCUAAGAACUACGUCCCCGUGUGCGGUACAAACGGAGACACCUAUCAGAACGAGUGCUAUCUGAAACAAGCAGCCUGUACCCAGCAGAGACCCAUCUUUCUGGCCUCUGAGGGCCCCUGCUAUCCUGAUAGCAGCUCAGGAUCUGGAGAUGGAGAAUAUGAGGCAUCAGGCACAGAUUCGAGCAAGAAAGUCACAAAAUGCAGCAACUGCAAGUACGGCGCUGAAUGUGACGAAGACGCAGAGGACGAGGACUCCUGUUCGUGUAAAAUCGACUGCAGUGGGCACAAUGAGAAUCCAGUGUGCGGCACAGAUGGAAACUCCUACCACAACCCCUGCCUGGUGCGAGAAGCGUCCUGUAUGAAGCAGGAACAGAUCGAUGUGAAACAUUUAGGGAGAUGCCCAGAUAAAGACAAAGCUAAGAAAAAUGAAGCUGGGCUUCCCUACAAGCCAGAAUUUACUGACCCAGCAAAAACCGGUGAUGGAAAAGGAUACGGCUGGAUGCCCGUUCCCUGCACAGAUGACUACGCCAACUUCUGCGUUCAUGGCCAGUGUGAAUUUAAUUUCGGCAUCGCCUCCUGCCGGUGUGAUUCAGGUUACACAGGGACACAGUGUGAGGAAAUCGCAGACUUUAACAUCCUGUAUGUGGUACCCAGUGGUCAGAAACUUCAUUAUGUGCUUAUAGCUGCUAUCAUUGGAGCCGUGCAGAUCGCCAUUAUCGUGGCAGUGGUCAUGUGUAUUACCAGGAAAUGUCCUAAGAAUAAUCGCGGAAGACGGCAAAAGCAGAACUUUUCAUCAAACGUCACUUCAAGGAUGUAGCUUGUUUUUAUUUUAUUUUUUUUUAUACUUUUUGUACCAAGUGGAUUACAGUUUUAAUGUGCUUUUUUGUUUUGUGCUUUCUUGACUCUGGACAAUAAGAUUAUUUUCGAUUUUAAAUUUUAUUUCAUUAUUUUAUUGGAUGGUGCCUUAUUGUUUUCUUGUUUCCAGGACAUUUUAGGUACUUGAUGUCAGUGGCAAACACUGUCAAAUGAAUGAUAAAAGCCAGCUCUUUUUUGUCGAGUUUUUUUGUUUUUAUUUUUCCUUUAGGUUGUGGUGCCAGUUUUUCUUUAUUUUUUACGUAUUGUUAAAUGUAACUCUCGGCACACGAACUGUACCACAAAAACGGACAUCCUCAAUUUUCAUGGAAUGUGCUUCUUUACUGAAAAUAUUAACUCUGAACUGUCUUUAACUGCCCCCUUUGAUUUGAUUUUUAUUUCCUCAAAUCAAACAAAGCUGAACACCAAAUUUAAUUGGACAUGAACAAGUAUGCCGACAAAGUGAUGACGUUUACGGUUUCUUUUGAAGGGAAUUCCAGAGAAUGAAAUGCAACGUGUUUGACUAGCUAAUCUUAUCAAUGUUAAAAUGUUUGUAGUUUUUAUGUUCUAAUGUUAUCGGUGUUGUUAAUGUUGAAAUGAACAUUAUUGACAUUAAUUUAAUUCUAUGAACUGCAUAUCGCAUGACCUGUGAAACUGUGUCCAGUGCUGUAGAUUUAAUAAAAUUUAAUUCUGUCUUACA